AUGCCGACUGGACACCGCGACCAUCUGAAGCGAAAGACUGCACCGAAGUCAUGGAUGCUGAACAAACAAGGAGGAACGUUUGCAAUGAUGCCGGCCAGCGGGCCUCACAGGAAGACGGAGUGCAUUCCGCUUGGAUACUUGAUCUCAAGGUUUCUCAAGUAUUCUAGUAACUCCAAGGAGCUUAGAAUAAUCCUGGAUGGAAAGAACGUUAAGGUGAAUGGAAAGGUACGCACAAACUCGCACUUUCCUGUUGGUCUGUUUGAUGUGGUAUCUAUCGAGAAGACUGGAGAACAUUUCAGAGUUCUAUACAAUGUGCACAAGAAGUUCCAUCUUCACAGGAUCAAUUCAUCGGAGGCUAGCUACCGCCUUGCAAAGGUCACAAAGAAAUACGAGUCACAGAAUGUGCCAUAUGUUGUUUCGAGCUGUGGACUAAGCAUCCGUUUCUGCGACCCGGCGAUCGACGUUGGAUACACAAUCAAGAUCUCUAACGAGACGUCCAAGGUGAUUGAAUAUAUUGAGCCGGGGGUGGAUAAGGUUGUAUUUGUGUCUAGUGGAAAAGCUAGAGGACGAAUUGGAGUCAUAAAUACCAUCAGCAUCCAAGGAAAGGAAGUUGUCUACGGCAUGACCGACUUUGCAGGCCAUACCUUCUCUUGUACAAGCAAGAGUUGCAUACUGAUUGGAGAAUCGGAGGAGAAUAUCCUGAUCACGCUUCCGAAGGAGCGGGGGAUACGACUUUCCAGUCUUGAGAGGAUCAAUGCUCAGCUGGGGGAAAUGGUCGAUAUAGGAGUAGUUGAGGUCUGCGAAUAA